AUGACUCCUAAGAAAAUGGACGCCUUCGAGGCGCCUGCAACGCCCGCGACCCAUGCAGUGAAGCCCCCUAGCACAGAGAUGCACCCCAGCAAAUUCCAUCCAACUACCGCCGAACCAUCGUCCGCUCUUAGAUUGGGCUUCACAGAUAUUGAGGAUGCACGACGACGCGAUAGCUCUCAUGGAGCAGGUCUUCAAUCUACUCCAUCCAAAGUUGGCGGUGUGCCAUCUUCUGCAUUCACUCUUCGUGUGCCUCUUGGCACCACCGCUAGCCAGCUGGGAUUGGGGGCUGAAGCCCUACGUGUUUUGGAAGGUCUCAAGGAAAAGGCUGCAGAGUACAAAGCCGACCUCCUCGCUAAGAAAGAAAACGACACAUCGUCCGCAUCAACCGAUGCCAACGGCCGCACAAUUGCUAAACCCAAGGGAAAAUCUGGAAGAUUCAGUGCAGCCCAUAUGGCUGAAUUCAAGAAGAUGGAUUCUAUCGAAGGGCAUGCUUCUGCUUGGAGAGCACAAGACGGAAGAUUCACCCCCGUUAUCAAACCUGGCGUAAAACGGUCUCUAUCCAAGGCCGACCUUGACGCACCUCAGAAAAAUACAAAGCAGACUCCCUCAAAAUUCGAAAGGCAGCCUUCACUUUCGGCCAAAAGAGUAAAGAAGAAUGCGGAAGACGAUGCUUCAACAACCCGACGGGUGUCGCGAGAUGUCACCUCGAUUCCUCGCCCGGUAUCCAGUGUCAAGAGUCCUGCUACUUCUAGACUCAUUCGGCCUGGCCUUUCUCGCUUGAUGAGCCCAACAAAGUCAUCAAUUGGUCGCUUGUCUAGUCCCGGAAAGUCGGAGGCGACUAUUGUUGCUGCACCACCGCCGAAGCUGCGCCUCAAGGAGCAAGGAGAAGCCAGGGACCUGAAGGAGUCAAAGGGACCCAAGGAGUCAAAGGAACCCAAGGAGUUAGCUCGAUCGGUGAUGAAAUCUGUAUUUGGAAGCAGCCUGUUCUCGCCCAAGGCAAAGAGUGCUAUCCCACAGCCGGUUCCCGCCACUUCGCAGACGCCGCCAGCUCCGUCUCGUCUCUCUACUCUGAACAUCACCCGACUUGCUGCCACUCAACCCACGAAGAAGACAGUUAAGCAUGUGACAUUCACACCGGAGGUUACGCGAACCAUUUUUGACCCAGACACUCCAUCGCCUCAUAAGUCGACUACUACCAAGAGGGCCUUGGAGCGCUCUGAAGUCGAGGAGGCUUUGGCAGAAGCAAAAUCAUCGGGUGAUAUUACUUAUCCCGAUUUGUCCAGCUACAAGCACCUCCUUGAUUCGACGGCUGAGGAGGCCAUCAAAUCUCCUACCCCUUCAGUUCCAGGCAGAUUUACGUUCAGGAGUGAUCACACAAUCAAGUUUGGAAACCCAUCGCCAUCUGGCUUUGGUGCCUCUCAUGGCCAGUCGAGCGUGCGUCAUGUGCGCAACUCUAUCAAAACUGCUUCAGAUAUGCCCGGCACCUUCCCUGAUCCAGUUUCGCCCAGCUCUCACCCGGAUAAGGAGAACACGGCGCCUACUCCGCCCAAAGUGCUUCCAGGAGUUCCACACGGAAUGGCCAACAAGAAGCGUCAUCGCGCCGGGUCGGACGCAGGAGACGCUGACAAGGAGGCAGCCGAUCGCGCUGGAAAGAAGGCCAAGAGUGGCCACGUUCCUGAGGGACAGGCCUUGUUGGCUCCUCGUCUUCUCGGCAAGACUCCUUCUAUUUCUGCCAGCGCGAAGAAGGCCGUCGGCCAAACCCCAGUUCGUCCCAUUAUUCGAGCUGUUAGCUCGUCAUCUCCUUCCAAGAAGAGACCAACACUGAGCAUGAGUCGCCUUAACAUGCUCGCCCGCCCAAAGAACCGUGGUUAG